AUGUCCUUCUCUAUCAGACCAAUCGAAAAAGAUGACAAGCCUCAAUGGUUGGACAUGUGGCGCGGGGAAGGGUCCUACUUGGAGUUCUACAAGUCGUUAGAUGUAGUGCCCCAGGAGGCCACUGACACAACGUUUGAACGGUUUUUCGACCCCAAGGAGCCUGUCUAUGCCUGUGUGGCCGUGGACGACUCUGGCAAACUCAUUGGGUUUGCUCACUACCUUACUCAUAGAAACACAUGGACAGUAGAGGAUUCUAUGUAUUUGAACGAUUUGUUUGUUCGCGGCGACUCGCGACUCCACGGUGUGGGCAGGGCCCUCAUUGAGUAUGUGUAUGCGGAGGCCGACAAGUUGAAAUGUCCAAAGGUGUACUGGAGCACCCAAUUUGAGAAUCACCGUGCGCAGUUGUUGUACACGAAGGUUGGAGUCAAGGCAGGAUUCUUGACUUACAGAAGACCAUGA